AUGGCAGUCAUAUCUGCGCUUUCUUUGCUAAAUUCGGAUGCACAAUCGACAUUGAAGAUGCAAUCAAAGAUCUCUGCGGCUCUGAAUGAGUUCGAUGUUGAAUUGCUGCCUUCACUGAUAGAUCUCCUUAUUCGACGUCUAGAUGUAUCUAGCAAAGGAGCGUUCACCAAUUUGCUCGUUCAGCUGUCGACAAAUCUCCAUGUGAACCAAUUACGAAUUAGACGUACCGGUAAACUGCGCUUAACUUUGUUUGAUGUAUUGCUGUCAGUCAAUCUGUUGGCGCUACGUACCUGUCCUUUGAGUGCUGCAAAUGCCAUAAGGCAACGUCUUCUCUCCCCACAGGAUAGUUUCGAGUCCCUUAGUGGUCUAUUUGGAGAAGCGCUGAAGUUCAAUUAUGCGAACGCAAACAUCUCGUCCAUUAUUUCUAUAGCUCAACAUAGUCUAUGGUCAGCGAAAGAAAAUGCUCAAAAAUUCGGAGCCAAACUUUUCAAAGAACUUUUCCUGGCUUCACCCAAGAACAGAGAGCUCACUUUGAAGACGAUGUUGUCUCACUCUGUGCACUCAGAAGGUGAAUCUGAAGCGGUACUGUGUGCGUUUAAGGAACUUGUUGACGCAAACCCAGAAGCGAUAGAACCUUUCAUGCCUCUAAUAUCGGAGUACUUCUUCAUUCUUGGCAGAAUGUCCAUGGAAAAUCUCAAGAGAUUUUUCCGUGCCAUAUUCCGCCUGUAUGCUGCGAGACCGUCAACGAUGACACAUAAGGAUAACCUGAAUGACAUGAUACCGCUGUUCCUGCAUUCAGCAGACAAUGUGCAUCCAAUUUUCGGUGUAGGUGGGUGCACUAAUCAAGCUGGAGACGGCGCUGCUGCUUGA